GCAAGAGACGCUGGGGCUGGAGCUCACCGGACGGGUCGCUCUGGCUCUCCGGGGAGAGGAGCCUCCCGGCUCCGGAGCAGGGGCGAGUCCCGUGCGAGACCCCGGGAAGCGCCGCGCGCUCGAGGCGGACGGUCGGACUCCCCCGGCCCGCGGCAAGCUCAGCGCCGGGCUCCCCUCCUUUCCACCUCACGAGGGAGAGAGGCCGGGAGGGAGGGGAGGGGAGGGUCCCGCGGGGAAGGCAGAAUGGCCCGGCGAGGGGGACGCGGGCGCUGCGUUCCCCAGGAGCUGCCGCCACUCGUACCGCUGCCGCGAGGACUGGCCUGAGCAGGGGCUCCAGGCUUCCCCACUGCGAGCCAGGGCGGCCCCCCGGGGCCGGGGCAGCGGCGCCGGCAUGUCGUCCGACACCAUGAAGUUCAAUGGCUACUUGAGGGUCCGCAUCGGCGAGGCCGUGGGGCUGCAGCCCACCCGCUGGUCCCUGCGCCACUCGCUCUUCAAGAAGGGCUACCAGCUGCUGGACCCCUACCUGACCGUGAGCGUGGACCAGGUGCGCGUGGGCCAGACCAGCACCAAGCAGAAGACCAACAAGCCCACGUACAACGAGGAGUUCUGCGCCAAUGUCACCGACGGCGGCCACCUGGAGCUGGCCGUCUUCCACGAGACGCCCCUGGGCUACGACCACUUCGUGGCCAACUGCACCCUGCAGUUCCACGAGCUGCUGCGCACCGCCGGCGCCUCGGACACCUUCGAGGGCUGGUUGGAUCUGGAGCCAGAAGGAAAAGUGUUCGUAGUAAUAACCCUAACAGGGAGUUUCACUGAAGCCACUCUCCAGAGGGACCGAAUCUUCAAACAUUUUACCAGGAAGCGCCAAAGGGCUAUGCGAAGGCGAGUCCACCAGAUCAAUGGACACAAGUUCAUGGCCACGUACCUGCGGCAGCCCACCUACUGCUCUCACUGCAGGGAGUUUAUCUGGGGAGUAUUUGGAAAACAGGGUUAUCAAUGCCAAGUGUGCACCUGUGUCGUCCAUAAGCGCUGCCAUCAUCUAAUUGUUACAGCCUGCACUUGCCAAAACAAUAUUAACAAAGUGGAUGCAAAGAUCGCUGAACAGAGGUUCGGAAUCAACAUCCCGCACAAGUUCAGCAUCCACAACUACAAAGUGCCAACAUUCUGCGAUCACUGUGGCUCCCUGCUCUGGGGGAUAAUGCGACAAGGACUUCAGUGUAAAAUCUGUAAAAUGAACGUGCACAUCCGGUGUCAGGCGAACGUGGCCCCGAACUGCGGGGUGAACGCGGUGGAGCUGGCCAAGACGCUGGCGGGGAUGGGCCUCCAACCCGGAAAUAUUUCUCCAACCUCGAAGCUCGUUUCCAGAUCAACUCUAAGACGACAGGGAAAGGAGAGCACCAAAGAAGGAAAUGGGGUUGGGGUUAAUUCUUCCAACCGGUUUGGUAUCAACAACUUUGAGUUCAUCCGAGUGUUGGGGAAGGGGAGCUUUGGGAAGGUGAUGCUCGCAAGAAUAAAAGAAACAGGAGACCUCUAUGCCGUGAAGGUGCUGAAGAAGGACGUGAUCCUGCAGGAUGACGACGUGGAGUGCACAAUGACGGAGAAAAGGAUCCUGUCCUUGGCCCGCAAUCACCCCUUCCUCACUCAGUUGUUCUGCUGCUUUCAGACCCCUGAUCGGCUGUUCUUUGUGAUGGAGUUUGUGAAUGGGGGCGACUUGAUGUUCCACAUCCAGAAGUCGCGUCGUUUUGAUGAAGCACGAGCUCGUUUCUAUGCUGCAGAAAUCAUUUCGGCGCUCAUGUUCCUGCACGAGAAAGGCAUCAUCUACAGGGAUCUGAAACUGGACAAUGUGCUGUUGGACCAUGAGGGUCACUGUAAACUGGCAGACUUCGGAAUGUGCAAGGAGGGCAUCUGUAAUGGCGUCACCACGGCAACCUUCUGCGGCACGCCCGACUACAUUGCUCCAGAGAUCCUGCAGGAAAUGCUCUACGGGCCGGCCGUGGACUGGUGGGCGAUGGGCGUGCUGCUCUAUGAAAUGCUGUGCGGCCACGCGCCCUUCGAGGCAGAGAACGAAGACGACCUCUUCGAGGCCAUACUGAACGACGAGGUGGUCUACCCUACAUGGCUCCAUGAAGAUGCCACGGGGAUCCUGAAAUCUUUCAUGACCAAGAACCCCACUAUGCGCUUGGGCAGCCUGACGCAGGGCGGCGAGCACGCCAUCUUGAGACAUCCUUUCUUUAAGGAAAUAGACUGGGCCCAGCUGAACCAUCGCCAACUAGAACCACCUUUCAGACCCAGAAUCAAAUCCCGAGAAGAUGUCAGUAAUUUUGACCCCGACUUCAUAAAAGAAGAGCCAGUUUUAACUCCAAUUGAUGAGGGACAUCUCCCGAUGAUUAACCAAGAUGAGUUUAGAAACUUUUCCUUUGUGUCUCCGGAAUUGCAACCUUAGCCUGAUGGAAGGAGAGAGUGACGUGAGAAUCACAAGGGGAUGCCAAUUUUCCAGGGAUUUCCUUUGUGGGGAACUCCCCAGCAUCCUCGUUAGAGCAAGAACCUUAAUGUCAGGGAGUAGGUGGUGAACGCCAAGGGACGGAACUUCAAGAGAGCAACUAUUUCAAGUCCCGAGGGAGCCAUGGCACUGGAAAUAGUACUGAAAUGAGAGUUCGUGACGAAAUACACUGAUCAGCCUAUGAGUUUCCAAGGCUAUUUCAGGCUUGGGAUAUUAAGAGGAACCACAAGGAGAGAAUUUGUGAAGAAUAAACUAGAUCCUAGAGAAUAUUCUGAGCCAAACAGAAUAUUUUCAAGGGACAAAUCAAGACUUGUAUGGACUUGUCUGUGCUCUUUAAAUCUGUAAGCCAAUGAGCUCCUAAGGCUGGCAGUCUGCAAGGAGUCUCUAAAUGCUAAUGAAGAAUCUGAAGAUAAGGAAACGGGUGGCUUUCCAAAUAGAACGAUUUACUCUGAAGAAACAAAAAUAUGGUAUGCAAAAAAUUAUAACCUAAAGCUCAAUCUUGAAAACAGAUGUUGGGCACCAAGACAACAUUCCAAUUUAUUCUCUUAUCCUUACCUUGAUAUUUAUUGAGUGCCCAGUGAGAUGGUGCCACAAUAUUGAGUGCCCGGUGGGCUAGUGUAAACAGAUGUGCAUUCACCAUGUUUUCAUUCCACAGUCCAUUGAUUUACCUGAAGGGUGUUUGCAUUUUGUGAAAUGCCUCUCCAUGUUGCACAUGCCAUACUUCUUUGUCUGUACUCAGCUGUUUUCACACAAGGCUCACUGCCAUACAGCAACUACCCACACAACCAGCAGAUGAACUAGAGGUGCUUGCUGCCUGCUGACUUGUGGAAUCUCACCGUUGCUCUGGACUCCUCCGUGAAGAAUCGCAUGCCACUCAUGUCAGUGACCAGACUUAUGGCUUAUACAUUAGCAGUUUAUUUAAAUUAUAUUUUAAGAGAUGGAGAUGUUUGUUUGGUUUUCAUCUUAACAAUUAGAAAUGGCUCUUGUAAACAGGACAGUUAUCAAAGAAGGACCUUGUAAUAUGUACCCAUGUAUGCAGUUGGGGAAUUUUAUCUGGCUGGAAAUAAAUGCAUUUUGUAACAA